AUGGCAGAGCAGCUGCUGGCUCAGUUAGAACUCGAGGAGAAACAGGCGCAAGAAGAGGCCCAAGCAAAGAAAGCGGUGGCUGCUGCUUCAUCACAGUCACAACAGGGUAGUGGAGGUCCGAAGAGAAACAGGCGUAAAGAGAAGAUUGCUCAGAGAGAAGCUGCUGCAAAGAAACUGUCAGAAGAGGCUGCUCAGGAAGCGUCGACACAGCCUGAUCUGAGGAAGAUCGAGCUCGAGAACUUAGACGCUCUAUGUAAGAUUCACAAUCUGGUUCAGCACGAUAUUCAGCCUGAUGGACACUGUUUGUUUGCUUCAAUUGCUGACCAGUUGGCACAGAGACGAGAUAUCAAGAAAUCGGUACAAGAACUGAGGAAAGAGGCUGCCGGUUAUAUUCGUCAGAAUCCAGACACUUUUGGACCUUUCCUGUUUGACGAGAACACCUUGACGAUGAGAGAAAUAGGGCCCUAUUGUGAGGAGCUCGAGACAACUGCUAUCUGGGGAGGGGAUAUGGAGAUUCUGGCACUGGCCAAUGUGUACGAUUCGUGCAUCAGUGUCAUGUUCAGUGGCCGGUCGACACUCAAAGUCAAUGAAGAAGGAUCCCAGCCCGAGCUCAAGCUGGUGUACUAUAAACACAGCUUCGGUCUUGGUGAACACUACAACUCUCUACGGGACGCUAAUUAG